CCGCUGCUGCUGCCGCUGCUUGCCCCUGCGCGUUCUCCGGGGGAGGAGUCGGAGGCGGAGAAGAAGGCGGUGGUGGCGGGUGGAGGAUCGAGCGCUGUUCUCGCUCCGGAGCACUGCACAUUCGGGACAUUCUGCAGCUUAUCCAUUGUGUGAGUUAAAACGAAAUCACAUCCAUAAUUCCACUGAACUGGUCACACAAAAACUGCCACAUAUGUCACUGUACGCUGAAAAAGAGCCUGCAGCAAUGGAUCAAGAAUCCAACAAAGCUGCAUGGCCUAAACCAGCAGGAGGGUAUCAGACAAUUACAGGCAGGAGAUACGGAAGAAGGCAUGCGUAUGUCAGUUUCAAACCAUGUAUGACCAGGCAUGAAAGAAGUUUAGGUCGGGCUGGUGAUGACUAUGAAGUGUUGGAACUAGAUGAUGUUCCAAAGGAAAAUUCCUCAGGUUCCAGUCCAUUGGAUCAAGUUCAUUCUUCCUUAUCCAGCGAACCUUUAUUUAAAAAAAGUGAAACGGAACUCGCCAUUUGUGUGACAACACUGAAUCAAACCAUUGAGAAUAGCCCAUCCUUUGCUGCAGCACAUCAUAGUGAGGAAGGCAGGGAGACCUUAGGAAGCAGUACAAAUCUUCAUAAUCACUCUGAGGGAGAGUAUGUUCCAGAAGCUUGUAACAGUUCUGGUGUCCAAAAUGGAAAUACAGUGGUUCAUAUUGACUUUUAUGAUGCAGAUGCCAAACACGGAGAGGAUAAUGACCGUCUUCAGCUUUCUACAGAAGUUGUGGAAGGUGGUAGAUAUCAGGAAGCACUGGGCAAUACAGUGUUUGAGUUGGAAAAUGGAGAAGUAGAGGCAUAUACAGGUAUUUCACCACCAGUUCCCGCUCUCAACUGUGAAAUAAGAGAAGCAUUUGAAGAGUUAGAUUCAGCACCUUUCGUGAAAAGUUCUACUGGUGAUGCUGAAUUUGUCCAUCAAAACAACCAAGAAUUUCGUAGCUCCUCUUCUGAAGAUGAGGUUGUUAGAAAGAAACAACAAAAUAAUACUAGCCAGGAGAGACAGAGUGAAAAUUCAACUGAAGAUUCAGCUUGGGCAUCAGGGCAUAUUUGUAGCGAACAAAAUACUAGUGAUAGGAAAAAUAACCAGGAAAGGUCUCCUGAACAGGUAGUGAGGCCAAAAGUUAGAAAACUGGUAAGUUCAAGCCAGGUGGACCAAGAAACAGGAUUUAAUAGGCAUGAGGCUAAACAAAGAAGUGUUCAAAGGUGGAAGGAAGCUUUGGAAGUUGAGGAAAGCAGCUCAGAUGACCUCUUAAUAAAAUGUGAAGAUUAUGAUGGAGAACAUGACUGUAUGUUCUUGGAUCCACCUUUUGGUGGAAUUAUACAAAUAGAACCAGAAGAUGACCAGACAAUACCAGAAAGUGGAGCCACAGCAGGAAGGCAAGAAGUUGCAGAUAACACCUUUUGGAAUGGCUGUGGAGAUUAUUACCAACUGUAUGACAAAGAUGAAGAUAGUUCAGAAUGCAGUGAUGGGGAAUGGUCUGCUUCUUUGCCUCAUCGAUUUUCUGGUACAGAAAAAGAUCAGUCUUCAAGUGAUGAAAGCUGGGAGACUCUACCAGGAAGAGAUGAGAAUGAACCUGAAUUACACAGUGAUAGCAGUGGCCCUGAAGAAGAAAACCAAGAAAUAUCUCUUCAAGAAGGGGAACAGACAUCCUUAGAAGAGGGAGAAAUUCCUUGGUUACAAUAUAAUGAAGUGAACGAAAGCAGCAGUGAUGAGGGAAAUGAACCUGCCAAUGAAUUUGCACAACCAGAAGCUUUCAUGCUGGAUGGUAACAAUAACCUUGAGGAUGACUCCAGUGUAAGUGAAGACUUGGAUGUGGACUGGAGCCUGUUUGAUGGAUUUGCAGAUGGACUAGGAGUUGCUGAAGCUAUUUCUUAUGUGGAUCCUCAGUUCCUCACCUACAUGGCACUAGAAGAACGCUUAGCCCAGGCUAUGGAGACUGCCUUGGCACACUUAGAGUCUCUUGCAGUGGAUGUUGAGGUGGCCAAUCCACCAGCCAGUAAGGAGAGCAUUGAUGGUCUUCCAGAGACCCUUGUUCUUGAAGAUCACACUGCUAUUGGUCAGGAGCAGUGUUGUCCAAUCUGUUGUAGUGAGUAUAUAAAGGAUGACAUAGCAACAGAGUUACCCUGUCACCAUUUCUUUCACAAGCCUUGUGUAUCAAUUUGGCUACAGAAGUCAGGAACAUGCCCUGUGUGCCGCCGUCAUUUCCCACCUGCAGUUCUCGAAGCCUCGGCAGCUGCUGCUUCUGAGCCUGAUCACGAUUCCCCACCUUCAAAUGACAGCACUGCAGAAGCCUCCUAAACCUGAACAGCUGAAGAGAUCAACCAGUCUAUCAAAGUAGAGCUGCAAAUUCCUUCUGAAUCUGAUGUGCAAAUACUUAUAUAUAAAUAUAUUUAAAAUGCUUUAUAUAGUAUAUGCCAUAGUUUAGAAAGAGGAUAGUAACCUUUCUAAACUGAAUUUAGGUUUGCGGAAAAUACUAAACAUUUUCAAGCUGAAUGUUGAAACAGUGCGUUUUCUUUAGUUGAAGAUGUUGAUAUUAAUUGUAAAGUCAAGUUUAUCAGUUAACUCUCUUCGGAAGAAAUAAUCACCUAUGUGGCACAUAUUAUUGGUUUUGUCUAAAGCACUGCCACUAAGUGAUUAUGAAUAAGCUCUCCUAUUUGCAUCAAAUGACUUUGUGAUCACAAGAACAGUAGACUUUGGUUUCAUUGGAAAUAAAAAGAAUUCUAAAGCAUGCUUUCCAUGGUCCCUUUGCUUUUGCUAUAUCAGAACCUCUUGGUUCAUAAUACUGAGUGUUUGUUUUGUUUUAAGAAAGGAAUCAUUCAUCUUUGUUUAAAAUUGAGACUUUUUAGAGGCUAAAAUUCUGGCCAGAACAUCACAAAAUUUUUAAAUCUUAGCUAUAAUUCCCCUGAAAUGGUCAGGCGAUAAAAUAAAUUAGUAAAUAUGUAGAUGUACCUUAAUGACUAAUGCUGAAAACAGGUUAGUACAGCAUUGGAAGAAUCUUGUAUGCUCAUUGCCUAAUACAGUGAAAUAAAUUAGAUGGCCUUAGGAAAUUUUUCCUAAGCUCUUACUCAGCCUGUUUCU